AUGAUUGAUUGGCUUGUGGAAAAUAGUCUUGGACUAUAUCCGGUUGCUCUUGAAAGGCAGGUGGAAAGGAUGGAUGCAGGGAAGAGGAAUUCCGAAGGCGUGAAGAAAGAAUGCUCUGUGUCAUACAUACUGUCCAUUGUGCCCAGGGCUGGGAAGCCUGAACCUGCAACCCUACUAGUAAGAGGAUAUCAAUGGAAUGAUGGUAUUGGGCCCAGGAUAGACUUUUCAACUGAUUUAGAUGCAAAAGAUUACUAUGAAGUUAAGGACAUACGGGAAACCAGGAUGACAAACUUCUCGUGCCAUGGAAGGACAGUACUUUACAUAUUUAUUACGAAUGCAAGGGGCAAGACAACCAUGUAUUAUGCCCAGUUUAGUGGGUGCUACUCCCUCCGGGAUCCAAAGGUGCCUUUGUAUAGAGUCGAAUUAUUUCAUAAGGACGGGUUCUACAGAAUAGACAAGGAUCCGUCCCAUGAUAUGAUACUCAAGUCCAUAAACAUAAGGAGCAAACACCAAGGCCUUCUUCACUAUUGCUGGAGUGGCCAAGGUGGCUUGGAAAGACAGGCUAGGCCUGAGCUAGGCCUUGAAAUAGAAGGAGAAAGGUAUACAGUAUAUGGAUUUCGCUGUAUUUUUUGCAUCAAGCAGUUUAAGGAUAUCAGUUCUUUAGCGUUUCACAUCAGUUACAUCCAUUCCGGAUACAAAUGCAUUCAAAGCGAGGGAUCUCUCCUUCUCAGGAAGGACUCCGACUCUUUACAGAGUUGCAGGACACUGGUCUAUUUUUCCAGGAAAUAUAAGAGGAAAAGACUGACACCAGGAAAGGUACAAGAUGUCAGCCAGAGAUAUGAAGGCUCUGUCAAUGGGAUUUGGUCAAUGGAAAGCCUUUUGGGGCUGGCUAACAAAGGAGUAAGAGCAAGCUCGGCAUUGCCGGAGAAUACUCUUGCCCUGAUGGAAAAAUGGAAUGCCCUUAGGCUCCAUGGAGGCAUGUUCCUGGAUGAUGUAGCUAGGUUUGCAAAGCAAGAGAGGAAAAAUCCAUCAAUAGUAAACUUUCUUCUUGUUCUGUACCAUAAAUCUGUUGUGGAUCCAAAGGAGCUUAUGGAACUUGUUUAUUCUCUAUUUGAGGAUGACUAA